AUGUGGAUCCCGAAACUACUCCCGGGCCUGCUGGUCACACCGGCCUGGGCACAUGCGUACGACGACACCGAUAUUCUCAUUGCCAAGCGCAACAACGGCGUGGCUGCCGGUGGCUCCUGCGGCACCCAAGCCAACAACGCCGUAUGUGCAGCCGGCCUCUGUUGCUCCGCCGCAGGCGUCUGCGGCACGGGCGGCGCCUUUUGCGUGGCACCCGCCUGCCAGAUCUCGGCGGGUCCUGCGUGUGACGGCAACCAGACGCCCAACGGCGCCGACACCAGCAAGGUCCCGCGGCCCCUCGUCGGCAGCAUUCCCUACGGCAUCGACAUUAGCCACUGCACUGUCAACGGCAAAGUGGCCAUCACAUUCGACGACGGGCCGUACCUGUACACGGGCGCCCUGCUCGACAUUCUCAAAAACAACAAUGUCACGGCGACGUUUUUUGUCGUCGGCAACAACGGCGCCAAGGGCAUGAUCAACGAUCCGACGACUGGCUACCCGGCCAUUCUGCGGCGCAUGGUGGCCGACGGGCACCAGAUUGGCAGCCACACCUGGAGCCACCAAGACCUGAGCGCGGUGACGGCCGCGCAGCGCAAAGACCAAAUCGUCAAGAACGAAAUAGCCCUUGCCGACGUCCUGGGCGUCUUCCCAACCUACCUGCGGCCGCCGUACACACGAUGGAACCAAGACGCCCUCAACGACCUCAAGACGUACGGGUACCACGUCCUCAACUACGACAUCGACACCCGCGACUGGCAGGGCGACUACACCGUGGCCGAGAACAUUUUCCAGACCAUCCUGUCCCAGCACAGCCCGGCCUCGUCCUCCUGGAUCUCCCUCGAGCACGACAUCUACAACACCACCGUCCACGUCUUUGCCCAGUACAUUAUCGACCAGGCCCGCAAGCUCGGCUACCAGCUCGUGACGGUCGGCGAGUGCCUGGCCGAUCCGCCGAGCAACUGGUACCGGAACGCCACGACGGGACAGCCGGCCCAUCCCGUCGCCGAUGGUGUAGCAAACAACGUCGGGGCCGGAGGAAACCCGACCACGGGUACAGCCGCCCCGACUACACACACAACCAAAGCUGCUUCGCCGACAACCGCAACAGGCAGUUUGCCGUCUGCCAUUGCAGCCGGCAGCAACGGGAAUGGCAGUGGAAAGACAACGACAAAGACGAGUACAGCAGCGACAACAGGCGCGGCUGUGACAGCGACAUCCUCGCCAACAGCGACAAAAUCUGAUAGUUUACGGCUAAUGUCUAGAGGAGGCUCUGCCAUUCUGCUUUUGUUGUUUGUAAUGGCAUUCAUCUUGUAG